UUUACGGAGCGGCAAACAGUCGUUCCAUUGUGGAAGUCGCGCACCGGAUGCAUGACACGGGAUCCUUGACGAACGGAGUGCCAUUUCUCGCUGCCAGAAAGGAGACAAGGAAUGGCGGCGUCAGCGAGAGGCCUAGCCUAUGGGCUGUGGGCUGCCGUCUUUCUUAUUGUCACGCAUGCAGUGCACAAGACACAGCCAGCUCCCAUCGACAAGGCAGCGGCACUUUACUCAGGGAAAUACGACAUUCCUGAUGUCGUGGAAGGAGACAUUUACAUGCCACCCAUCACAUCGCUGACAGACCUUCGUGCACGUACCAAGGACACACCAAUCUGGAAUAACGGUAUUGUUUACUACGUAGUGGACGAUGCCUUCGAUUCAUGGGAGAAAGAAGAAAUCUUAAGUGCGAUGCAGCAAAUAGAAGCGGUGUCUUGUGUACGUUUCAAAGAGCGCGGUGACGAAGAAGGUUUCAUUCACAUACUCAGCAAACAAGGGUGCUUCUCGGAGGUGGGCAUGUCCGGGCUUCGACAACUAGUCUCAUUGAAUUUUGAGGUGUGCGCUACAUAUGGAACUAUCGUCCAUGAGCUACUACACGUCCUCGGCUUAUGGCACGAACAAUCCCGUGCUGACAGAGACCGCUACGUUCGUGUCGUGUGGAAUAACGUUGUACCACGCUUCAAAGCGAAUUUCAUGAAAACCAACCGGGUUCCGUACCUCGACGAGGAGUACGACUACGAGUCCAUUAUGCACUACUUCUUCAAUGCAUUCUCUAAAGAUCCGGAGCAAGCGACACUCGUGCCCAAGAACCGUGGCGUCGAGUUGUUCAAUUUAGGAUUGGCAUUCAAAGAAAACAGAAUGACCAAGAUCGACAUCAGGAAACUGAACGGGAUAUACAAAUGUCCCACCGGACACCUGGGGCAAGCCGUACAAGAAUAAUAUUUUGAGAGGAGUGCUAUUAAGUUUAUUGUCAAUUUCAUCAUCAUCAUUCAAUCAUCACAUCGCAGAUGACCAAAAGAGCGAUCGAUAGCAAUAUGAAUAAACGUAUGUUCCAUGCA